GUGUGCCUUUAACAUCAAUUUCCUCAAACAAUCUUUUAAGGUAGCUUGACUGCAUAAUAUAUGUGACCUGAUAAUCUUAGUUUUCUUUCAAACCAAAAGUUUGAAAGAAAGUUUUUCUUUCAAUCUAAAAAUAUAAAUGCAUAAGAGUGCUCAUUAUAAAUGGUAUGGUUUAGAUUUUAUAGUGGAGUGCAUAACAAAUUUUCUUGAGUUCUUCACCUAAAUUAAGCAAUUUCUUAAGUCUUUAGAUUGACAUCUGUCUAUCAAGUUUUUUGUCAAAAAACCUUACUUCCUGUGGAAAAACUCCAUGUCUGAAUCGUUUCUAAGUAUCUCAUCAGCAGGUUGUGCCUGAACGUGAUAUACGGUACAAACCCAGAACAACAAGAGUUAAGAAAGUACAAUUUCUUCAAAAAUGAAGCAAAACUACAAAGUGCUGUAAAAAUCAUUUUGGGAGAUGUCCAGUGAGAGUGUGCGAUGUGAACAGUUCCAAGCCCAUCCUCCUGCUCCACCUCAGAACAUGGACAUGAUUUCCCCAUGUGCCUCAGAACACCAGUGUAGCAUGGAAGGAAAAUGGCAGAGACAACAGAGACCAUCAGUACUGCGUCAAGCUUUCCAAACACCUUCCAGGCAAAAAAAUGUAAAUAAUGCAACCUCUUCCAUUUGCGAGGAAGAGGUGGAUGGAUGGUGUUUUCCCCAGUCCCCUUCACCACCAAGGGCUUCCUUUCUCAGGCAAAGCCAUCGCAAGAUCACUUUGACGACAGAUGGUCCAACACAGAGCUCCAUCGAGGCCAGAAUUCAUGAUGGCAUCUCUGAGGGGGCCAGUGCUCUGUUUGUGAGUGGCCUAUGUCGCUGGCCCGGCUGUGAGGCUUUUUCUACUGAUUUGACGAGCUUCUUAAAGCAUCUCCAUUCUGAACACAGUCAUGGUGACAGAAGUAUUGCUCAGUGCAGGGUCCAGGAGGAUAUUGUGCAGUGCAUGGAGAGUCAGCUCAUCCUGGAAAAACAGAAACUAUUUGCAAUGCAACUUCAUCUACACCUCUCGGAACUCAAACAAACGGGCUUGAGGACAGAUUCUGAGUGGCCACACAGCCUUCCUCUGUUCCUCCCACAGCCUCACGUGACAGAUGGAAACAGGAGAGGGCAACAGUGGUGCAUGAAACAGCUGGGGGAGUUAUCCCAGCAUGGCUACAGAGCUACUGCUUCUGCCAGCCUGCUGCCGGAUUUGGUCCCCAGCAUUGAAUAUUACAAAUACAAAAACAUCAGGCCUCCAUACACCUAUGCCUUUUUGAUAAGAUUGUCCAUCGUGGCGUGUCCAGAAAAACAGCUCACACUUAAUGAGAUUUACAAAUGGUUUACCACAAUGUUCUUCUACUUCAGACACAACACUGCUACCUGGAAGAACUCUUCUGUUGUCUACAGAAUGCUGUGCGUCACAACCUCAGCCUACACAAGUGUUUUGUACGAGUGGAGGGAGGAAAGGGGGCUGUUUGGACAGUCGAUGAAACCGAGUACCAAAGAAGGAGGGGACAGAAGUAUCACAGGGACUGUCCUGUCAAGUGGCUCACAUCCUUCUCCCAUUAUUGUCCAGUGGACCCCUGAAGACCAGCAGAUGGCAGCACAAUGCUGCUGGCGUAAUCAGUGUUUGCAGCAGUAGUCACAUGUCCAUUUCUACUUUGUAUUAUUUUCAAAUUACUUAAAUAUUACUUAAAUAUUGCUAUGUUGUUCGUUACAUAAUCUACAGCUGUUUUCAUACUCACUGAUUUCUGAUUAAAAAGAGAUGUUGUUAAGUAACAUAUAUGAGGCUGACAUUUGUGGCUGUUUUGUCCUCAGCCUGAUUUUAUCCAUUCAUGGACUAGUUUUAUUCAGUCUGUAAAUAAAAUAAGAUCAUGAGCAGAGAACAUGUUCAUAAACUA